GGGGCGAUGGAGGCGAUAUAGGCGAUAGAGAGGCUAAUUGAGACGCUUUAUAGGCACACGAGCUGUCGUUGCAAACUGUGGCUAUCUGUCCAGGCCUACCUCGCUAUCGACGAGAUUGUCAAGAUUGCCGUCCAGCACGGCGUCGACAUGAUCCAUCCCGGUGAGUAGCGGCGCUCCAAAGGUUGUGCGGGAGAGCUUGGCUGAUGGCGAAAGGUUACGGAUUCCUCUCGGAGAACGCCGAAUUCGCUCGCAAGGUCGAGGAGAACGGAAUGGUCUUCAUCGGUCCUACGCCCCAGGUCAUCGAUGCCCUUGGUGACAAAGUGUCUGCACGCCGAGCGGCUAUCAAGGAGAACGUGCCAGUCGUUCCCGGUACCGAGGGUCCCGUCGACAAGUUGAGCGAGUGCGAGGAUUUCGUCGCGCUGCACGGAUACCCGGUUAUCAUCAAGGCUGCCUUCGGUGGAGGUGGACGUGGUAUGCGUGUCGUGAGGGAGGGAGACAACCUGCAGGACGCGUUCACUCGUGCUUCUUCCGAGGCUCUGUCGGCUUUCGGAAACGGCACCGUGUUCAUUGAGCGUUUCCUCGACCGCCCCAAGCACAUUGAGGUCCAGCUGUUGGGUGACAACCACGGAAAUGUCGUUCACUUGUACGAGCGUGACUGUUCCGUCCAGCGACGACACCAGAAGGUCGUCGAGAUUGCGCCCGCGAAAGAUCUGCCCGACCAUGUCCGACAGGGCAUCCUGGCCGACGCCGUGCGAUUGGCCAAGUCGGUACGAUACCGCAACGCCGGUACCGCCGAGUUCCUGGUCGACCAGCAGAACCGAUACUACUUCAUCGAGAUCAACCCCAGAAUCCAGGUCGAGCACACCAUCACCGAGGAGAUCACUGGUAUCGAUAUCGUUGCGGCGCAGAUCCAGAUUGCCGCCGGUGCGACUCUGGAACAGCUCGGUCUGACCCAGGACCGUAUCUCCACCCGUGGUUACGCCAUCCAGUGCCGUAUCACCACUGAGGACCCCAGCAAGCAGUUCCAGCCCGACACUGGUAAGAUCGAAGUUUACCGCUCUGCAGGUGGUAACGGAGUCCGUCUCGAUGGUGGAAACGGUUUCGCCGGUGCUAUCAUCACCCCCCACUACGACUCCAUGUUGGUCAAGUGCACUUGCCACGGCUCCACAUUCGAGGUCGCCCGACGAAAGAUCCUCCGUGCGCUGGUCGAGUUCAGGAUCCGUGGUGUCAAGACCAACAUUCCUUUCUUGGCUUCGCUGCUCACCCACGAGACUUUCAUCACCGGCAACUGCUGGACCACUUUUAUCGACGAUACUCCCUCGUUGUUCUCUCUGAUGAAGUCUCAGAACCGUGCUCAGAAGCUCUUGGCGUACCUUGGAGAUGUUGCCGUCAACGGCAGCAGCAUCAAGGGACAAGUCGGAGAGCCCAAGUUCAAGGGUGAAAUCAUCUUCCCCGACCUCUACGAUGCGGAAGGAAAGCUCAUCGACAUCUCGGAGCCUUGCCCGACCGGAUGGAGGAAUAUCCUGGUCAAGGAGGGUCCCGAGGCUUUCGCCAAGGCCAUCCGUAAGAACACCGGUACUCUGUUGAUGGACACCACCUGGCGUGAUGCCCACCAGUCGCUCCUGGCGACUAGGGUCCGUACCACCGAUUUGGUUGCUAUUGCGAAGCACACCAGUUGGGCGUACUCCAACGCUUACAGUUUGGAGUGCUGGGGUGGUGCCACAUUCGAUGUGGCCAUGAGAUUCUUGUACGAGGACCCUUGGGACAGAUUGAGGAAGCUGAGGAAGCUCGUGCCCAACAUCCCCUUCCAGAUGUUGCUGCGUGGUGCCAACGGUGUUGCCUACUCUUCGCUUCCUGACAACGCCAUCGACCAUUUCGUCGACCAGGCCAAGAAGAACGGUGUCGACAUCUUCCGUGUCUUCGAUGCGCUCAACGAUCUCGACCAGCUCGAGGUUGGUGUGAAGGCCGUCAAGAAGGCCGGAGGUGUGGUUGAGGCUACUAUCUGCUACAGCGGAGACAUGCUUAACCCCAAGAAGAAGUACAACCUUGCGUACUACUUGGAUCUGGCCGACAAGGUGGUUGCCAUGGGCACCCACAUCCUCGGUAUCAAGGAUAUGGCUGGUGUUUUGCGGCCAAAGGCUGCGACUCAGUUGAUCGGUGCCAUCCGCGCCAAGUACCCCGAUCUCCCCAUCCACGUGCACACCCACGACUCCGCCGGUACCGGUGUUGCCUCCAUGGCUGCUUGCGCACAUGCUGGUGCCGACGCCGUUGACACGGCUACCGACAGCAUGUCGGGUAUGACUUCCCAGCCCAGUGUUGGUGCCGUCAUUGCAUCCCUCGAGGGAUCCGACUGCGACCCGUGCCUCAACAUCGACCACAUCCGUGCCAUCGACACGUACUGGGCCCAGCUUCGUCUCAUGUACUCUUGCUUCGAGGCCGGACUUACCGGACCCGACCCUGAGGUGUACGUACACGAGAUCCCCGGAGGACAGCUCACCAACCUCAUCUUCCAGGCCACACAGCUUGGAUUGGGAACACAGUGGCAGGAGACAAAGAAGGCCUACCACCAGGCCAAUUACCUCCUCGGCGACAUCGUCAAGGUCACUCCCACAUCGAAGGUUGUCGGAGAUCUUGCACAGUUCAUGGUUUCCAACAAGCUCACUUCCGAGCAAGUCGUCGAGAAGGCCGAGUCCCUGGACUUCCCCGGCUCCGUGCUCGACUUCUUUGAGGGUCUGAUGGGUCAACCAUACGGAGGCUUCCCCGAGCCUCUCCGGACCAAGGUGCUCCGCAACACCCGCAAGAAGUUGACCGAGCGCCCUGGAAAGUCUCUGCCUCCCACCGAGUUGGCCAAGAUCAAGUCAGAGCUCGAGACCAAGUACGGCUUUGCUUCCGAGUGCGACGUUGCCAGUUACGUCAUGUACCCCAAGGUCUUCCAGGAGUACAAGGACUUCUGCAGCAAGUACGGAGACUUGAGCGUGCUCCCCACAAAGUACUUCCUGUCCCGACCCGACAUAGGCGAGGAGUUUGGUGUUGAGAUCGAGAAGGGUAAGAUCUUGAUUCUGAGACUAUUGGCGGUCGGACCCCUGUCCGAGCAGACAGGUCAGAGGGAGGUCUUCUUCGAGAUGAACGGAGAGGUCAGACAGGUCACUGUCGACGACAAGCACGCUGCCGUGGAGAACUUGAGCAGGGCCAAGGCUGACCCUAACGACGGUUCUCACGUCGGUGCACCCAUGUCUGGUGUUGUCGUUGAGGUCCGCGUCAAGAACGACACGGAUGUCAAGAAGGGUGACCCGAUAGCUGUGCUCAGCGCCAUGAAGAUGGAGAUGGUUAUCAGUGCGCCUCACUCCGGAAAGGUCCACGAUCUCGCGGUCAAGGAGGGAGACUCCGUAGAUGGCCAGGACUUAGUCUGCAAGAUCCACAAGGCUUAGGCUUGUUAGGACAUGCAGUGAAAGGGCACUUUGUAGAUGCGACGGGAUGGGGUUGGGGUUGGGUUGGGCUGGUUUCGGGGUGUUUGUGCAUCGUUUGUUCGAGUUUCUUCAGGCUUUGGGGCUGUUGCUUGUGCUUAUUCUGUGGUCACGGUCUUGUUUACUAGUCUCCUUUGUGUUUCAUUUGUGUUCCUUUGGGCUUUAAUGCGGGAUUGGGAUGCUCGCAGCAGUUGUUGAUUUCGUGAUGAAUACACCGAUGAUGUUGUGAUGUUAAUA